AAGAAGAUUGCAAAUAUUAAAAGUUAUAAAAUAAUAUAAGGUAUUUGAAAAAAAACUUGUAGAUAAAAACUAACUUUUACUUAUUUUGACUAACUUUUUUCUGCUACUUCGGUUGAAGAGUGAUACAUUUUCAGGAAAAGACCAAGCUAUACUGAGAAAAACUUUUUAACCCAUAAACUAUUGUGUUUAUCUUUUCAUCAAAAUCGUUUUGCAUAAACCCUAGAAAUCGUAGAUUCAUUGUGCAGCUUCUGCAACUCAAAUCAACAAAUUCGUAAGUUUAACGAGAGGCAUUGAUUCAUGAUUUUUUUAUACCGAUUGAGUUUCUAUUGCUGUUUGUGGAGAGAUAUUGAUUCAUGAAUUUUCCUCUUUUGAUUAGGUAAUGUCUAAUUCUGCUGCAACUGAGAAAGUUAAAGUUAAAGUUAGUGAUAAUGAACACAAAGACAUGCUCAGCGAUUUACCGGAUUGCAUUAUCCUUCACAUUCUCUCUUUUUUGAUUACCAAACACGCUGUUAGAACAUGCAUUUUAUCCUCGAGAUGGAAGAAUCUCUGGAAACGUCUUCCUGCUCUUAUUUUCCAUAUAUCAGAUUUUCGAGGCUUUCGUAAUAAGAUAUUCACUGAAUUUGUGUCGAAGGUUUUAUCUCUUCGCGAUUCCUCUAUCUCACUGCAGACUCUCGACUUUGAGAAUACGUCUAGUCUCUUGGAGCCUCAUGUACUUAUAUGGAUUGUGGAUUAUGCUAUUUCGCACGAUGUUCAACGCUUACGACUUAGUGGAACUACUGCGAUUGCACAAAUUCCUGUUGCCUUAUUUUCAUCUCAGACUUUAACACAUCUUACCCUUUCUAUAACAAUUUGUUAUGGUUGUGAAAACCUGUUUCCAGAAUCUCUCAAUUUGCCGGCAUUAUCUACCUUGGAACUAGAGAAUUUUACAUUUUCCGUCGGCGAUAAUGGUUGUGCUGAACCAUUUUCGACAUUUAGUAGGUUGAAGCGUUUGCUCAUUUCCCAUUGCACCGUGAAAGGUUGGGGAGCCCUCUGCAUAUCAAGCGCGACGCUAGUCAAUUUUACUAUGUACAAUGACUCGGACGACUAUUAUAAAAUUGAUCUUUGCACUCCGAGUCUUUGUACAUUUGCUUUCCGUGGUGUUCCUUAUCACGAUAUCUCUUGGAGCAAUAUUUCUUCUCUUAAACAUGUAGAUAUUGACGCAGAAGUAUUUCCAUAUAGUUGUUAUGGACCUCCUUUGUUUCUGUUCAAUUGGCUCUCAGAGUUUGCUAAUAUAAAAUCAUUGACGGUUACUGCAGCUACUCUUCAGGUUCUCUCUUUAAUUCCUGGUCUGUUGACGUUUAAGAUCCAUUCCUUGGGUAAAUUAAAGUCAUUGAGAGUGAAAAUUGAUGAAAUUCAAUAUGGGCUUUGUGUGGCGUUGUGCAAUGACAAGUUACAGAAUGUCAAGUCAAAGAAAGAAGCUGCUAUGAUACAGAGAGCAUUUGAUUUAGGAUUGGAACCGUCUCCGCUUGUACCUGAUGGAGUUGUGGACUUCUUGCUUCAAAAUUCACCCUCGGUUGAAGUUGAGUUAGUUGAUUGCAGAAAAAUAACCUCUUAGAAAGAGACAUUUAUAAUUGGAUAUUCGGUAUUGCCAGGAUUGGACUGUGAUCAUACUAGAUGUGCUGUGCCUGUGUUCAUAAUAUGAAUCUGUUGCAACAAGUGGGAUUGGUGGUUAGAGAUAGCCAUAAAAGAUUCAUGAUGAAGCAUAUUGCAAUGUUUUCCCUCUCUGACAUAGCAAAAAUAUAUGCUGCAAUAUCAUAUAAGUUCAGAUUGUGAUGUGACUCAUUAAUGAAUAAGAAUUCAUCAUAGUGAAUCACAAUUCAAGAUGAAAUUCAUGUCCAAAAGAAAUUCGUAUAGAUUGGAUUCAGUUUUAUAUGGAAUUGAGAAAGCAGUUCCAAAACUAUAGCUUUAGGAUUGGUUUCUAUGUUUUCUUAUCUUUCAUCAUUUUGUUUUAUUAUAUAAUUAAGGAUAAGGAUUACAUAGAGGUUGUUUGGAUCAGAAUAAAUCUUAGAGAUCAGCAAGCAGGCAUUAGAGAACAAAUGAGAAAACAUGAUCUUUUGAGAAAGACUAAUUUUUCUCUCUUAAAAACCAAAAUGGUUACUUAAAUGUAAAAUGUUUUAAGUGUAAUUUUGGAUUUUCGAUUAAUUUUGAGUUGAGACUCAACCUCAA